AUCUUCCCUCCACCUCAGGGUAUUCUCAGAGGAUGCACAGGUAGACAACACUGUUUGGGAUCAGAUCCACCACCCCAAACCUCCAGGAACUACAUCAAGAAACUUUUUUUUUCCAUUUUCAUCACUUUCCCAUUUUUAGUUUUUAAAAUCAAACAAUGGCCAGCGCAGGUAUUCAACUUCUCGGCUUCACCUUGGCCUUUUUGGGCUUCAUCGGCUCGAUAGCAUCCACAGCCAUGGUGGAAUGGAAAGCUUCGUCCUACGCAGGAGACAACAUCAUCACAGCUCAGGCUCUGUACGAAGGGCUGUGGAAGAGCUGUGCAUCACAGAGCACGGGGCAAAUUCAGUGUAAACAGUAUGAUUCACUCCUCCAACUACCAGGGAUUGUCCUGGGCACACGAGGGCUGAUGCUGUCUGCCAUCUUGCUGUGCUUAAUUGCUAUAUUGGUGGCAACGGUGGGCAUGAAGUGCACCACCUGUCUGGCAGAACAACCGCAGCAGAAGGACAAAGUGGCUCUGGCUGGAGGGGUUAUCUUCAUCAUCGCUGCUCUGCUUGCUCUGGUGGGAACGUCUUGGUAUGGCCACAGAAUAGCAAAAGACUUCUACGACCCAUUCACUCCAACUAAUUCCAGGUAUGAAUUUGGAAGCGCCCUGUAUGUUGGAUGGGGGUCUGCAUGUCUCAUCCUUAUAGGAGGAGGCUUCCUCUGCGCCAACUGCUCCGGCGAGAGCUCAAGCAAAUCUCCACGCUACCCGCCGUCCCGCUCUGCGGGCCAGCCGGGCAAGGACUACGUGUAGGACAAUCACUCCACCUGGAUGGAAGAGUGCUGUCUCUGCAGGGAUGUGUCUUCUGUAUGUCAUUCAGAUAUUUUUUUUAUUUUAUUUUUGCAACAUGUAUAUUUGCAGGUGUUACAUUUGGUGUAUGUUUGUAUUUGGUGUUUUUCAUUCUUUAAUUAUUAAGAAAGGGAACCUCAACAGAUCAACAACAGGCGUUACUAUUAAAGAUGACAACAAUGUUUACCCA